AUGAUUGUCCCUCGAUACAAAUUGGACUACCGGGAUGAAUACUUGCCCGUGCCCGAGAAUCGAGGCUUUGAGGGCUUCGACUCCAAUCUUCACGCUUCGUUAACAGGUGUGACAAACCAGAUUGUGCCCGUAAAACCCUUCCUUAUCCCAUCACAGCGCAGUGGAAGAAGUUCUCACGGAGACAUUGAAGGGAUUAAUGUUGGGCUGUUGAGCCUCGUUCAUGACUAUCUAGCCGACAAAGGACUCCCCAGUUCUGUAAUGACCGGCAGUACCGCGUUUUAA